GGGAGUUGCUCAGGUAGUGGGAUCACUCAGAGGCCAAGAAGAGGAGUCCCACUGCUCAGUGCAUGAUCCUGAGGACAGCUUCACUCGGAAUCUGCAGUGGGCUUUGCUCUGAUCUUUGAGAAGGAUCUAUCUCUGAUGUGGGGGAUCAGAGGGUCUGUUCCUGUGCAGAAUGACUCCAUGACCAGUGCAGCAGGGGUAAAGGGCAGCCCCUGUCUGAUACCCCUCUUGGGGACAGUGCAGUCCAACCAGCCAAGAAUCCAUUCAAUGCAUUGAGCUCUGUCAGUGCUGGGCUUUACCCUGUACCAGUCGCUGCAGAAUCCAAGAUGAACAGUAAUUAUCCCAGGUCUCUGAUGGACAGGAGAUCAGUGGUGGCCCCCAACUGCAUGCAAUUGGCAAUGCCUUUACCCCCUGAGCAAUCCACGCACCAGCAUUUACCCCGCAGAGACAGUUUAACACAUGUCCCCUUCCUGGUCUAUCCAAGUAACCUGGAGUCGGCCUAUUAUGACACUUAUGGCAGUAUGUUUCCCUACAUGCCCUUCCACGGCCACUUUGGGGUCUAUGAUUGUCCCUUUGAGCCCGCCUUCAUCCAGAAGAGAAACGAGAGGGAGAGGCAGAGGGUGAAAUGUGUGAAUGAAGGCUACGCGAGACUGCGAGACCACCUGCCAGGGCCCCUGUCAGAGAAACGCCUGAGCAAAGUGGAGACCUUGCGAGCAGCUAUCAGGUACAUUAAGUAUCUGCAGGACUUACUGAGCCAGAGUGCAGGCAGGUCCCCCCCUGAAACACAGGAGAACCAGCCCAGCAGCAGUGAGGGAGCCCAGCAGGACUGCAACAGUGACGGCGAAUCCAAAACUUCCUCCCCUUACUGUGAGUCCGGGUCCGGCUCUGACAGGAGCUGAUGCAAACACUGUACAGCACCAGCACCAACACUAUUCCCAGUGACUGCCUGAGCAAACAACUCCUUCCAUUUCCGUCUCUGUCACACUGCACACCACACCUCCUUCUGUGAAGACAAAGUGACCCUGGAACUGUGACCCCUGGCGUCUAUUGAGAUGGACUGGCAGCCUUUUGGCAAACUUGGAUCAGGAAAGGACAAUAAUGCUGCAGAGAAUCGCUGCAGGAAUCUUCCAGAUUGGAAUCCAGGCUGAGUCAGUC